AUGGCCAAGACUUUGUCGACGAGGCGUGGGUCUCUCGUGGGUGACGCGGAGACGGAUUGCCAGACCCCGCGGUGCCUCCGGCGACGUAGCCGCCGCUGCGGUUCUUGGCCGGCGGAGACCGUGAAGAGUCGCCGCUCUGCUGCUGGUCGCCCCGCCAAGCGCGCUGCUGCGGCCGCGCUCUCCCCCGCCGAGGCAGUGGGCACCACGGUGACGUCAUCACUGCCGAGAGAAGAAAAACCGGCAACCAAGUGCGCUGACGGCAGCGCCGGCGGGGACCGGGGUUCGGCACCGCACCGAGAAAAGGGCCGGACGAACGGCAGGCGCCGGGCGCCGGGUUCCCGAGGCGGCGGCCGCCCGGCCGCCUUCACGUCGGCCAUGGCCGCCCCUCGGCGUCCCGUGCCCGCAAGGAGCCGCUGCACGCAGACCGAGCCAAUGCUGUGCAGCUGCGCGUCCUACCCUCCAGCUACAGGCGUCCUCCACCCGCGGCACCCGGCGAGGCCCACAGCACCUCCGUUGCCCGAGGCGACGGACCUUUUGCGGCUCCCGGAGCAGCCCGACGUGACCCUCGUCGUUGGUCCCGAGACCGGGGGGACCCGGUCCAUCUGGGUGCACGCUGCAGCACUCAAACAUAGCGUAGUGCUCCAAGAAUUGCUCGCGCGGUGCGACGAUGCGGACUCUGGGCGGCAAACCAGGACACUGCGUGUCGUCUGGGCAGACCCUGACGCCUUUGAGAAGAUGAUACCCUUCCUGUACGGGCGGGACGUGUGUCUCGAAGACGUGCCCACGGCACUCGACGUGAUGCGCGUCGCCCACGCUUUCGCCGUCACCGGGCUCCUCUCCGAGUGCCUGCGCUACGUGGGCGACCACGUGGACAGGGAGACGGCGCUGUCGACGCUCACGCGGCUCUGCGAGGUUUCCGGCGGUGGCCCUGCCUUGGACCUGCAACAGAACCUGCUGAACGAGACGCGCGCCCGCUGCCUGGACGUGGUGGACCGCAACGCCGAGUGGCUGCUCGCUGACGUCGCCUUCGAGUGCUUGCCCCGCACCAUCUUUGCCCUCGUGCUGGGCAGGGACUCCCUGUGGCUUAGGUCCGAAGCUUCAGCGGCCAAGGGUGCUGACCGCUGGGCGGCCGCCGAAUGCCGACGCCGAGGCGACGCUGCAGAGCCGGCACAAAAGCGGCGAGCGCUGGGCGACGCUGCCUACCUGGUUCGUCACUUCUUGCUCGACCGCGACCAGUUUCGACGCGUAGCCCCGGCAAUGCUGGACGACAGUGAGGCAACGCUUGUGCUCGAAUUCAUGGACGGCCGUAUUGGCGAGGAGCGACUGACGCCUGCACUCAGGACCAACUUGGCGCUGAGGCAGCGUCCCUCGCUGCCACCUUUGUCAUUGGCGGCACCCAGCAGCGACCAGAGCGCCACCCCUGUCACCGGGCGAGUGCGAUCUCAGACGAUGGCCAGGAGCCGAAAGUCCACGUCGGCCAAAGUGCGCAAGUGUGCUGCGGAUGUGUUCUGGACAGUCGUGUCGAUCCUAGACUAAGGGAGCCUCUCGUCUUGGUUGUCAUUUUGCGCAGAAGACACCUGCUGGACGGGAAGUUGGACCUAAAUGCUCUUUGCUUAACGAAUGACUGGCUUAUAAUUUGCUGUAUUGGGUUAAAGGGUGCUGCUCGCGUGCCUUAUUAUGGGGCUCAAGUGUCGAACCUGAAGGCAUGUAAAUACGUAUUUCCAUUAUUUGCGGCGGUGUAUAAAUUCUGGCAUGUGGCAUAUCCCACCGUGCAAGCACGUGGUACUACAGCUGUGUUGGUAACCAGAUGUGAGUUUUGGGGAGAGGCCUGCUGGAAGAAGAAUGACGAAACAUAGCGGGGCACAGGUUAAAUUGCCUGAGCUCUUUUCUUGGUUUCCCAAAGUCUCUGAACACGAUUGUUGACCUUCAUUAUCGCUUUGACAACUCGUUUGAAAUAUGUCUUGUGCAGAUUCCCGUGGGUGCUGGUGAUAAGGCUGCCUGAUGGGUGUGCACAGUUUGCAAAGCAUUGAGGGAGGUGGCAUUCAUAGACAAACAAAAAAAAUGAAACUAGCCAGAAUUAUUGAACUUUCCACUCACUCCUUGUACAAUUGUCUUCUCUCGAGCUGCCGACGUAGAAAAGAGGAAAGAAGCAUGAGGCAACUUUCAACGAAAUCUGCAAAUCACGGGCAUUGAAAGCGAAAAAUUGGUCAUGUGUGGCAUGUUUCGUAUUAUUGCUACCAAAGAAAAAAAAAACAAAGAAUGCGUAAACAACUAAGUACUUCAAAUUAUUACCAGGCUGUACAGGUGCAUUGUUCGUCCGUAUGCCCUUCAGAAUGCCCCUUCCAUCUUGCGGUGGCACAGUCAUGGCCGCUCAAUUGUCAUGUUUUAAAUAUUCAUGUUGCGGAGAAUUAAAGCCCUGCAAAUACCUGUGCUGCUCAUAUAAUGCACCUUCAUGGUGUAAUAUGGGGACCUCGAUCUUGCCAGUUAAUUGUGUGCAAUUAUCUAUUGAUUUACACCGCCAAUUCUUGCCUUAACGUUGAAAGUAUCAUCUAAGUUUUGUGCAAAGCACCGGUGUUUGAUUGGAUGGUAGAACAGGAGUGUGUGUAUAUAAUCUCUUGCUGGUGUCAACCUACUGGAGCAAAUGCGCUUUGUUGGCUCAUGGAUUAUGGGAAGCGUGCGUGUACGUAUACGUGUGUGUUGGAGAAUUUCACGUAGAAUUUGAAGGGGGCGCGCAAUCAAACAAAGUAUUUCGAGUUAAAAUCGUCGCUCCAAGUUUAAGCUAUAGUUUGCAAGUAUUGAAUCUUUUUUUUUUGAGUUUUUGGGUUAUUUCGUAGGUCGCCAAGUCAACUCAGAAACAAAGCAAACGAGGCAAAUCUGCUUUAUAAUGUGCCAUACCGGUUCCAUUCUCCUUGUUUGGUAUUCCACUGUAUAGGUGUUCAAAGGUUUAUUGAUUUAAGUGUCAUCACUGCCUUUCGUGUGUCAUGUUUUACGAAGCGGAGAAUUGGUGUGUGUAGAAGUUUCAGCAUUGAAACUAAGCGUUUUAGCAAAUAACUUCAUCUUAGCUGUGACAACGCAGGGAUGAUCAACAAAGAAAACAAGCAAAAAGGCGUUUGUGAAACUCUUUUGAUCUCUGCAAGCUAAACAAAAAAGAAAAAAUCUCAACAUGACAUUGCGUUCACCAUUGCUGAGCUCAGUGUACGAGUGUCUUGUACACCUUGAUUCGAUGUUCUGAUGUAAGUUAGCAGAAGUAAGCGUAAAAUAGGCGUGAACAAAAUGUUAUGAUUGAUCCCACUUUAACAGGAAUCAGUGUAACACGAAUGCGAAACGUGGCUUCACAUAAGCAGUUUCAUUGGGAUUGUACAUCAGAAAUCCGAACAACUGCACGGUAUCGAAGUCUCUAUUGGUAAUUGAUCGGCAUGGCACUUCCAUACAGCAGAGUGAGGGAGUGUGUGCGUUAAAAAAAGAAUACCAAGUGCGUUCGUACCAGUUUGGGUGCGGUGACAGUGCAGAAAGAGAAAAGGAUGUGCCGAGAGCAUUGUAAUCAGCGCGCCUGGAGCUUAUCUUCGAAGACGAAAAGGUAGCUUCGAUUUCCAAGUCGAGUGUCUCGCUAAAAAAAAAAAAAAAAUGUGGGUGUAUUGCACUAGUGGUACAAGGCUGAACCAUCAGCGGAGCUUAUGACCGAUCUAGAUUAUUAAUAUUCAUGUGGUUAAAUUUCCAAGACCACGAUGUGAUUAUGAGAUGCCGUAGUGAAAAUUUCGAUCACCCGAGACUUUUACAUUAUUAGCACUGUCUUAAUUAGCGUGAUACUAAUUAGCAAGGAUUUAGCGUGGCCCUAAUAGAUACAGUCACGAUCUUAAUUCUGAAGGUCUCAGUUAUCACUGUCUCUUUCUCUCACUUAUUGUCUGUUUUUUUUUCUCCUCCACUUCUCUGUUCCGUGAUUCUCUUUGUUUUCUUGCUUUUUUUUUUCAUAUGGCACACGCACCUGAAGAAUUGCUUGCGUUGCACAUCCAUCGUGUCAAGCGCAAUGGGUGUGCUGGCCCCUGGCCGAAUGAUCCAAGUUGCAAGGCGACAGAAAGAAAAUACUAUAACUAUCCUCACUUUUCGAACGCACGUCGCCCAGAUCAAACCAUCUUUGCUUAUAGCCAAUCAUAAGACGGAGAAGAGGACGAAGAAUGUGCCGGCCGGCCGGGUUAUUUCAUUGCACGUGCUAGGCGCAGCUUAGUUUCCGGGCCACGCGAAACGGUGGAACGAAACGCCUCGGCACUGUUCAUGAUUGAUUGAUAUUGUGGGGUUUAACGUCCCAAAAACACCACAUGAUUAUGAGAGACGCCGUAGUGGAGGGCUCCUGGAAAUUUCGACCACCUGGGGUUCUUUACGUGCACCCAAUUCAGAGCACACGACCCCUCGGCACUGUCGGCAGGUCCACUGUUGUAAUGUCUCGCCUGAUUGUUCUUAGCGAUCGGCUCGCGUUCAAAGUGACGUUGGCGAAACUCGGAUGACGCAGGGACAGAACACUUGUGUGUUAAGAAUGAUCAAGCGGACGAGGAGGAACUAAUUCUGGAGCAAGCAGCAGCCAACCGGCAUUACGGAACGUGAUGCGAUGUGCGUGCACAAUUUCAUGUCAUUCCUGCGUUGUCACAAGCGCGUCGCCAAGCUUGACAUGAUGGAAAGUACUUAAUCAAGAUUAGUGGUGCUACACUGCACUAUCAUAGAGAUUAUGCACUCACUCUUUCUGAGGGCGAGCUUUUUUAUUUUAUUUUGCUAGCUAUUUCAUGGCGGGUAAAGUUCAUCUGUAUUGGGUAACAAUAAUUAUAUCCGGGGUUUCGCGUCACAAAACCACCACAUGAUUAUGAGAGACGCCGAAGUGGGGGGCUCCGAGAAAUUUGACCAUCUGAUCUUCUUUAUCGUGUACCGAGAUCGCAAAGUACACGGGCCAUUUCGCCCCCACCGAAAUGCGACCCCUGGGGCCGGGAUUCGAACACCUGUAUUUGAAAAGGUAAUUCGAUGCGAAAAUGAUAAGCUACCUUUUUGUAACGGGGACAGUAAGCCAUCGAACUCAAUGGUUAGCUGAUUCGGCCUAAUAUCUUGCCUGUCCUAAACUAAUUAUAAAAACGUCACAGAACCCCUUUUGCAUUACAGAAGACGACUCGAGGGUGAAAGAUAUACUUUCUUCUUCUCAAACGAUUUUUAUAGAGUUGGUUGUGUCUCCAUUGGGUAUCUCCUACGGCUCAGAGUUAUUUUUUAAAUAACUGACCCAGACUGCUGUUCCAAAAGUGAUUACGUUGAAUCAGCACCUGUAUCGAAAUUGAUAUCUGUGGUCAUGCGGCAUCACCUUCACCUCUGUCAUUCGCGUGCAAAUGAUCUGCACUGUCGACGUGUGGUUGAAUAUUGCAUUCAACCGCGAAUGCUGGGAUUGAACAACUGUCCGCAUGCUUUCUCUAUCGCGAGCUAUUUGUGUUCUAGUCAUUGUAAUGCCAAUCAAAUAGUGCCAGAUUGUUAUUCCUGUUUUUUGCGACCAAAGAAAACCUCAGGAACGCGAUCGCAUAGCUUGUUGUGCCGUCUCUUGUGUGUUACGUCUAAGAAUGUUUAUAGAUGUCCCUGAGAUGUUUUGUAGUCUUAUAUGCAACUUUUUGUUGUGAAUGUUUUGUUCUAUUUUGUUAAGUACUCGGGUCAUCUGUUGCACCUGGUCAUUUGCUGCGUCAGGUUCUGUUAAAAAACUUCUCGUCUGGGGCCCGACAUAUUCAACAGUCUGGCGCAGCGUCUGUUCGGUGACUACUCAAAGUUAGGCUGUGGUAUUAUCUUUCAUUUUGGCAGGCUGUUGUAAGCAAGACUCGCAUGAAGGAAUGCUGAAGCUUACGCGGUUUUUUUUUUGAACUUUGAUAUAAUGUGCAGCUCUCAAGGAGCAAUUAAAUCUAGUCCUCUAAAUUGUGCGGUUGGCGUAAACAUCUUUUUGUCGUUCAUAUUAGGCAUUUACGUACGCUAAUAUAGAAACUUCAGCGCACUGCGAAAUUAUACAGGCUGCCAAAAAAUAAAUAAAUAAAUAAAUAACACAAGUUGACAGACCUAUUUUUUUUUUUACGCUUGCUAUUUUUCGAAUGUGUAUAGCCGCUCCAAAACCAUGCAAUGACUCAGUUCUAUUUUCACCGGCUUUUCUGCUACAAGGUGAAUAUCGUUUACUCGUAUAGAAAUAUAUAGAAUGCUACCGUUCAGAAUCUGUAAAAACGACUAUCUUGGAAGUAUGCCGCAGUCUUCCUCAGACCGCAUGAUGUGGAAAGGCAAUUGACGUGGACGCAUUGGCGAUCGUUCUCUGUAGUUUCAACAGAAGUUUUCUAAACAAUUAGGCCUCGUGCGAGUAACAAGACUAAUAGAGACGACUUUUCAAUAAAACUAGAUGUGACACAUAAAAAAGACGCAAAGAAUUUCUUUGUGAAAAAAAUUUUUUAGUUGUAUUUCUCAUAAGUCCUUGAUACAGCUGUUAUUGGUUCCGAGUAUAUUAGUGGUCCUGUUCAUCUCUUGUUAUUCAGUUAUACGAAGUCCUCCAUAACAAAUGCCUCUAGAUGCAUUAUUACUCUGUUCUUGAAAUAUUGUGACUUCACGUACUUAUAUUUUAUUAUGUUGUUGGACAUUGGCGCAAUUAAAACCCCGCCCUGACUGUCCUCUCCUCUCGUGUCGAGCAUUGUAGAAGCACUCUGUUUGUUGUUUAUAGUUGUACAGGUGAUCGAUUGGAAGGAGCACGCCUUUAACUGAGUGACAAUUUCUUUUCGUUUUUUUUUUUCACCCGUGUGCCAUAAGCGCCGAGCGUCCUGCCACGUUGUGUGUAUAUAAGUGUCGACUCGUUUUGAUUUUAUCUGUUUUAGCUGCGUGUGCUAAACACUGGCGACGAAUUCGUGCCCAGUGAAAAAUGUAAAAGAAGAUGUUUCAAUGAACCAACAAAUAAAUAACCGCGCGUUACUGCGCAAAUAAAACGA